AUGGCAUAUAGUCUGCCGUGUGCCGCAGCUCCAUUGUCUUCCUCCUCCUGCUUCAGUUCGCUGCCGAGAGAGCUUCGCGGUUCUUCGCCGUCACUGUCCUCGAUCCGCAAAUGGACGUCCCAGAAUCUGCAGGUACAAGCGACUGGGAAUACCUUUGGGACUUUCUUCCGUGUCACCACAUUCGGCGAGUCUCACGGGGGUGGUGUUGGUUGUGUUGUCGAUGGGUGUCCCCCUAGAAUGCGGCUUUCGGAAGCAGACAUCCAGGCCGAACUGGACAGAAGGAGACCGGGUCAGAGCCGAAUGACUAGCACAAGAAAGGAGACCGAUACAUGUAAAAUAUACUCAGGAGUCUCUGAAGGGUUGACUACUGGGACACCGAUCAUGAUAUCUGUUCCUAAUACUGAUCAGAAAGCACAUGACUACAACGAAUUGUCGUUAGCUUACAGACCUUCUCAUGCCGAUGCGACUUACGAUAUGAAGUACGGUGUCCGAGCAAUAGGGGGUGGUGGUAGAUCUUCAGCAAGAGAAACCAUCGGUCAAGUUGCAUCUGGAGCUAUUGCUAAGAAACUUCUGAAAGAAUUUUGGAGGACUGAGGUUCUUGCUUAUGUCUCUCAAGCCCAUGAGGUAGUACUUCCAGAACAUUUGGUAGAUCAAGAAUCUGUGACGCUUGAGCAGAUAGAGAGCAACAUUGUCAGGUGUCCAGAUGCUGACUAUGCAGACAAGAUGAUUGCUGCAAUCGACGCCGCCAGGAUCACAGGGGAUUCUGUUGGCGGUGUUGUCUCAUGCCUAGUGAGGAACGCUCCACGUGGGCUUGGUUCACCAGUUUUCGACAAACUCUCAGCCUUGUUUGCAGGAGCUCUCUUAUCUAUACCCGCCACGAUGGGAUUCGAGUUUGGUAGCGGUUUUGCUGGUACACGUUUGACAGGAAGCCAACACAAUGACGAGUUCUACUUGGACCGCGGAAGAAUCAGGACGAGAACAAACCGCUCGGGUGGCAUUCAGGGUGGAAUUUCCAAUGGGGAAAUCAUAAACAUGAGAGUAGCUUUCAAGCCAACGCCGACUAUCGGGAAGAAGCAGCACACAGUGACUAGAGAUAAGAGGGAAACUGAGCUAACCACCCACAUUCGGUUCGAUCCGUGUGUCGCUCCUCGAGCGGUUCCAAUCGUAGAGGCCAUGGUGGCUCUGGUGUUUGUGGAUCAAUUGAUGUCGCAGUAUGCGCAAUGUUAUCUCCUUCCUAUCAAUCCCCAACUACAGGACCCGAUUCAGCCGCCGCAAACUUGGAAAAACGGCAAAGUGACGCAACAGUCGUAACACCUUCAUGGCUCCACGCAGGCACGAAGGGAAGUUCAAUAAAGCCUGGUAGUACGAAAAUCGAACCAGCUCGAGAUUUUCGGUUCGGGCUUCAGACCGAUUCGACUUUGGCUAAUAUGCUGGCUAUGCUUUCGAGCUUCAUGCUGAAAGGGCCCACAAGUACUCUCUGCCUUGGUCAUGGCUCCACAGCCAUGUCUUUCCUUUUCAUGGAUGAGAUUUCUAUUUCAGGGAAUAACAAAUUAGUGUACAAAUGUUCCUGUUCCUCAGGCAAUAAUAUUUCUG